AUGUUUGCUGCAAAUUUAGAGCAACUGGAAAAUUUGAAUAAAAAAUUGGAGCAGGCUGGAGCUAGCCAUGUGCUUGCUAUGAAAGUUGAUGUCACUAGUUCGAGUGAGGUAAAUAAUGCAGUCAGAAUCAUUGAAAAGUGUUGGGGUCCAGUGGAAAUUCUAGUGGACAGUGGCAACUGCAUGUAUUAUCAGGUGAUGAAGAACUGCGACGUUGCCAAGUGGUGCAAGAUGGAAGAUGUGAAUGGCAAGGGAUCGCUCAAUUGUCUGGCAGCUGUUGUUGGAGGCAUGGCUGAGAGGAAAAGUGGCCGCAUUGUCAAUAUCACAUCAGAUGCUGGCAAAGUUGUUUGCUCCAGCCUGCUCCAAUUUUUUAUUCAAAUUUUCCAGUUGCUCUAA